GGAACCAAGAACACGUUAACGUUUUCUACGGAUUACAAAACUGGUGCACGGGCGGGUUGCUUCAAAGCACUAUGGCGUCCAGAAGAGCAACAAUAGCACCAAGUAGUUUCAAAAAUGCCUCAAACGACUCUAAAGGCUCUAAAACUGGGAACCCUUCUUCCAAAGCCAACAACAGUGGAACCGGGAAGAAGAGUGUUAAAUCAAGUGGCACUAUUGUCAAGUCCAGAUACAUGCAGGCUGCUGAGAAGUCUUCUCUAUCAAAGAGUAACUCCCUGACAAAUGAGUCUGUUGUUGUACCGCCGAGGCCUAUUUCACCUAAACCCAGUGGUGUCAAACCAAGGGUGGGCACUCCACCGAGACGCUCAAUGGCCCCACAGGCUCUAGCAACAACAAUCGUGUCACGUGAAUCUGAACCAUCACUGCUGGGGAAAAGUAUUUUGCAGUCCACUUUUAUGGACACUGCAGAUGGACACUGCUUUCGACCAGAGUUUGAUAUGUCAGUCAUUAAAGAGAAAACGAUUAUUGAAGGAGCUGUCGAAGCCGAGAGAAAUCCAGAGAAUGAGAAGAGGCUCGUUGAGAUGCAGACAUUCUUACUGGCCUACCUCACUGCUAAGAUGGAAAGCAAUACGGCAAAGCUCAAGGCGGAGGCAGAGGCACAGAUUUUCCAGGAGAUGGAAGAAGUAGAGGCGUUACAAAAGGAAGUCCAGGAGAAGAAGCGGCAGUAUCUCUUGAUGGAGAAGGAGAGGCAUGUGAAUGAGCUGCUGGAUUUGCAGAUUGCUGCACUGACCCCUGUGGCAGAAGCUGCAAAGCAGUUCUCAAAGGACUACAACACAUUUGCCCGAGCUGUCGACACCACCAGACACGAGCUGCCUGUCAAGAAUUUCUACAUUGAAGGCGACAGAAAGGACUUUUUAGGGAAAGCUGAAGCUUGCCUAAAGGAGAGUGAGAAGUUGCUGUUGGAGUGCACAGAUGGAGAUCAUACGGACAACAGCACUUCUCUCGAGUGCCUUAGGGACAUGAAAAUGACCUCAAAGGACAUCAGUCAACAGCUUUCUGGGGCGUGUUCAGGGUUGAUGGAGCUGUCGUCAUUAGUCUGCCGCCACACAAUCCAGGUGCAGCAGGCCACAGAAGAACAACAGCUGGGUACUCUAAGAACUCAGGAACUCUAUUGCCUAAAACAGUGAAAAAUACCACAAAGCAUGACAUUCUUAGUACAUGCACUUUGGAAACACCCUUUUUUUCCUGUUAUGUUUAAUUGUUAUAUGUGUGUCUUGAUUUAAUGUAUAGUGUACUGUCUAAUUUCUUUAUUAAAAAAACAAUAAAGUAUAAGUGAAAAGUC